CAGAACCUUCUCCAGUGUCGACCAAAUUUCUCUCAAAAACCCUACUAAAGCCCUGCCACUACCAUCUUCCGUUGUGCGAGUCUCUGUGUCCGUGCUCUCAACGCUUUCUCUUCAUCUUAAUCCGUUCUGCUACUUCAGUUGAGCUUCCACACUAUGCACAAGCUCUCCAGGCGCUCUGUCUCUGCUAUCCUCCGCACCGGUGGAGCCUGCCACCACCGUAAUGCUGCCGCCGCCGUGGCUCCGGCCACCCAUGCCUCAAUCCUUCCCAAUUCGGUGGGCGAGAGUGAUGGUAAAGUCAGACGGUACUCAUUGUUAAGAGUUGGACACUUGGAUGCAGCGAAGUCUUCCACUCAAUUGAACUUGAAACAUGCUCUUUUCUUGACCCACCGAUUUGAGUCAACUGCGACAGCAUCUGAUGCGUCAGCUACUCCUCCAGUAGAGAAGUACGAGUAUCAAGCAGAGGUGAGUCGUCUCAUGGACCUCAUUGUCAACAGCUUGUACAGCAACAAAGAGGUUUUUCUUCGUGAGCUUAUUAGCAAUGCUAGUGAUGCUCUGGAUAAGCUGCGGUUUCUGAGUGUUACAGAUCCUGAACUUUUGAAGGAUGCAGUUGAGUUUGACAUACGUAUCCAAUCUGAUAAAGAUAAUGGGAUUAUAAGUAUAACUGAUACUGGCAUAGGUAUGAAUAGGCAAGAACUUGUUGACUGUCUUGGAACUAUUGCCCAGAGUGGAACUGCCAAGUUCUUGAAAGCGCUGAAGGACAGCAAAGAUGCUGGUGGGGACAAUAAUUUAAUAGGUCAAUUUGGUGUUGGAUUUUAUUCUGCAUUCCUGGUUGCUGAUCGGGUGGUUGUGUCGACAAAGAGCCCCAAAUCUGACAAGCAGUAUGUGUGGGAAAGUGAGGCAAAUGCUAGCUCCUAUACUAUUAGGGAAGAAACGGAUCCUGAGAAACAACUUCCGAGAGGAACUUGCCUUACAUUGUAUUUAAAGCGUGAUGACAAAGGUUUUGCUCAUCCGGAGCGUAUUCAAAGGCUUGUGAAAAACUAUUCACAGUUUGUUUCAUUCCCAAUAUACACAUGGCAGGAGAAGGGUUUCACUAAAGAGGUAGAAGUUGACGAGGAUCCAACUGAAGCUAAUAAGGAUGAACAAGAUGGAAAAACUGAGAAGAAGAAGAAAACAAAGACUGUUGUGGAGAAGUACUGGGACUGGGAACUCACUAAUGAGACUCAACCAAUAUGGCUUCGUAACCCGAAGGAAGUCUCCACGGAGGAAUACAAUGAGUUCUACAAAAAAACUUUCAAUGAAUACUUAGAUCCACUGGCAUCAUCUCAUUUUACAACAGAGGGUGAAGUAGAAUUCAGGUCAAUACUUUAUGUUCCAGCUGUUUCUCCCAUGGGGAAGGAUGACCUUGUCAAUCCCAAGACUAAAAAUAUUAGGCUUUACGUGAAAAGGGUGUUUAUUUCAGAUGAUUUUGAUGGAGAAUUGUUUCCUCGAUAUUUAAGCUUUGUCAAAGGUGUGGUGGACUCACAUGACCUUCCUCUUAAUGUCUCCCGUGAAAUCCUUCAAGAGAGUCGCAUAGUACGAAUCAUGAGGAAGCGAUUAGUCAGGAAAGCCUUCGACAUGAUUCUUGGAAUAUCCAUGAGUGAGAAUAGAGAAGAUUACGAGAAGUUUUGGGAUAAUUUUGGAAAAUAUAUGAAAUUGGGUUGCAUCGAGGACCGUGAGAAUCAUAAACGUAUUGCCCCGCUGCUUCGAUUUUUCUCUUCUCAAAGUGAAGAAGAGAUGAUUAGUCUGGACGAGUAUGUCGAAAACAUGAAACCAGAUCAGAAGGAUAUCUAUUAUAUUGCUGCUGACAGUGUGACUAGUGCUAAGAAUACUCCUUUCCUUGAGAGAAUUCUUCAGAAGGACCUUGAAGUCUUAUAUUUAGUUGAUCCAAUUGAUGAAGUUGCCAUCCAGAACUUGAAAUCAUACAAAGAGAAAAACUUUGUUGACAUUAGCAAGGAAGAUCUGGAUUUAGGUGAUAAGAAUGAAGAGAAAGAGAAGGAGAUGAAACAGGAGUUUGCCCAAACUUGUGAUUGGAUUAAGAAACGCUUGGGCGAUAAAGUUGCCAACGUUCAGAUAUCAAGUCGGCUAAGUUCUUCACCAUGUGUUCUUGUCGCUGGGAAGUUUGGUUGGUCUGCGAAUAUGGAGAGGUUGAUGAAGUCACAAACUGUUGGUGACACCUCAAGUUUGGAGUACAUGAGAGGUAGAAGGGUGUUUGAAAUCAACGCUGAGCACCCAAUUAUAAAAAAUCUGGAUGCUGCAUACAAGAGUAACCCCAACGAUGAAGAUGCUUUGAGAGCUAUUGAUCUUCUGUAUGAUGCAGCUUUAGUUUCUAGUGGAUUUACGCCUGAAAAUCCGGCCCAGCUUGGUGGUAAGAUAUAUGAGAUGAUGGGCAUGGCACUUUCCGGCAAGUGGUCCGCGGCGGGUGAGUUUCAGGAUCAUGGGGCUCAACCGCAGACAUUAGAAGCAGAGGUAGUCGAACCAGUGGAAGCUGGCAGCCAAAAGUGAGCACUGGACAUAGUAGGACGUAUUAUGAGUUAAUACAGAAGCACGAGGAAUGUUGUCUAUAAUGUUAGUAGGAUGGAGAGUGGAUGGUAUUCUGGGAUUGAUGAUAUUGAUGACUAAUCAUUAUUCCAUGCCACACCAGAGUUUUGCCUUCAAAAUCGAUCCGUCUCGUUUAUUUUAUUGUUAUUGUUUCUUUUUGACUGACGUCGUAGUUUUUAGACUAUAGUCAUCAAUUAGAAAUUUUUUUGAGUUCAACAAUUGUCGAGUGGGGAAACAGCAACCUUUGAAUUGACAAGCAAGUGCUUUUAUCUGCUGCAAUAAGAUAUCGUUUUUGCAACAGGAAUAUACCAAUAAAUUAAUA